AUGACUCCUGUGAUCAAGAAAAAAGUCCGGUUGUUGGUACUGGUUUCUAUCGUGGUGACGUUUGCAGUGUUGGGGUUCUACCAUGAUACUGUCAAGGAGUACCACGGAAAAGCGCAGGAUUUGAUUGGCUCCAACCACGAGGACGACAGGAUCAAACAAAGCUAUUUUGGGAACAAACUCAAAUCUGAUGAUCCCAAGUCUCAGGAAGGUUCCUCUGAUGAAACCUCGACCAACUCCGAGUUUGACGUGCUUCGGGGUGACCUGCGCUUCCAGAAUUAUUUUGGCGAGGUGUUCAACAUCAUAGUCAGAAAUGAUGUCUCAUUUCCUGUCAAGGAACGGCUCAUGGAGAAGUGGGAGCCAGUGCGGUUUUAUCCUUUGCAGUCUGAUGUGCUCACUGAAGAGGUUCUGCAGGACUUCAUCAAGUUUGAGCCCAGUUUUGUGGAAGACAUGACCAUCAAGCAUGCCGAUGUGGUUUCCAGCUUGAAGGCUUUGCCGAAUAAGGAAUUCUACAAAGGUGAUGGUUACGUUAUUGUAGGAGGCGGAAAAUACUCGUGGUACGCACUUAUGAACAUUGAGGCAUUGCGCCGCACCGGUGCGGAGUUGCCGGUAGAGGUGAUUCUUCCAUCCGAAUCGGACUACGAAUUUGAGUUUUGCGAGAAGAUUCUUCCCAGCCUGAACGGACGUUGUGUUGAACUUCGCAAGGUGUUUGGAUCUCGAGUCUAUGACUUGCUGAACGUGAAGGGCUACCAGCUGAAGUCGUUUGCGCUGCUCGGGUCCUCGUUCCAGAACGCUUUUCUCAUGGAUUCCGAUACCUUCGCAGUCACCAAUCCGGAUCCUUUGUUCUCUUCGGAUCUCUUCAAGAAGUUCACUAUGAUUACCUGGCCGGACUUCUGGCGCCGCACCACCUCUCCCACCUUCUACAAGAUAGCCGGGAUCGAUGUUGGAAAGAGCCGUGUCCGCAACUGCAACGACCUGUUCACGCCUCCAAAGUACUACACAGGCGAAAAUAAUGACCCAUACAAGGAUAUUCCCUUCCAUGACCGUCAAGGAGCUAUGGUAGAUUGGUCAAGUGAGAGUGGUGAGCUGCUUAUCAACAAAAAGGUGCAUUUCAAGUCCUUGAUGCUUUCUCUUUACUAUAACUUUGCUGGUCCGCAGGGCUUUUACCCGCUUCUUUCCCAGGGAGGAGCAGGAGAAGGUGAUAAGGAAACGUUUGUGGCGAGUGCUCACUACUACAACUUACCAUACUACCAGGUCUACAAGAAGGCUGAGAAGGCUUUCGGUUGGUUCAAUGGCGAGAACAUUUGGGAGCACUCUUCUAUCAUCCAAUUUGAUCCUCUUAAAGACUAUGAGGUUUUACAGAAACGCAUUGGCGAAGUCAAGAAAAAGCUGGUGGAAUUCGAAAAUAGCGAUACAGACCACUUCGAUUACAACUACGAUGAUUUAUAUCGCAACUACUUCACCACCAAAAACUCCCACGUGAUGUUCGUCCACAUGCACGAUCCAAAGAUGAAUCCAUUUACGAUCAUGCAGUCCAAGUUCGGAUUCAAGCCGGAGACAAACGAGCGCGUUCGCAACAUGGGUGAGGAACUUGACCUGUUCGGGUACGACAUAGAAGCAUUCAUUUGGGAAACCAUCAACAAAUAUGUGUGUACUGAAUCUCACAAUUUUAGGGUAUUCGAGGAAAAUGACCCAAAGAAACUGUGUGGGGAAUUCAUGAAGGGUCAACUGAAGUUCCUGAAAGAGAGUGGGGACUCCAUCUACAAGAAUAUUGCCAAGAUCAAAUGGGAAGACCGCCAAAUUUUCGAGCAGAAGGAGCACGUUUUGUACGGCAAGAAGUUUGAGGAAGAAAAGAAGAAGGAGGAAGAGGAGAAGAAGAAGGAGGAUGAAGAGAGAAAGAAGGAAGAAGAGAAGAAGAAAGAUGAGUAUCAGAAGUUUGAUGAGUUCGUCGGGGAGAAGGAGAAGGAAAAGGAAGACAAAGCCCAGCCCAAAGAAGGUGAGAAUAAAAAAGAUGAAGAAGAAAAGAAGGCGGCUUGA